AUGGAUGCCGGCAACAUAUGUUGCUGCCAUGUAUUUGUACCCCCUGGUGAAAGAGGAAAGGGAGUUGUCCCAGCAAUUGUCGCCGGAGAUUACGGGUGGGACGCGACGGAGACGAGCACGAUCCUGAGCUCGUUCUUCUGGGGCUACAUCACGACGCAGGUGCCCGCGGGCUGGCUGUCGGGCCGCUACGGCGCCAAGAACUUCCUGGCGGCGGCCCUCUUCCUGUCCGGGGCGCUCACCGCCCUCACCGAGCUGGCCGCAGACCUGGGCGGCGUCGUCCUCAUGUGCGCGCUCCGCAUCCUCAUCGGAAUGGUCCAGGGUUUUAUAUAUCCAUCGACUAACACCUACCUAGCAAAAUGGAUUCCUCCUGAAGAAAAGGGAAGAAUGGGAACUCUAGUAUAUGCAGGUGCUCAGUUGGGAACAAUAGUAGCAAUGGCUGUAUCUGGAGUGUUAGCAAAUAGUGCUGCAGGCUGGCCAUCCAUCUUCUACACAUUUGGUGGUAUCUCAGUUCUGUGGGGUAUUCUUAUUUUCUUCCUUGGUGCAGAUAGACCAUCUAGUCACAAAUACAUAUCAAAAGAGGAGCAGGUCUAUAUUGAAGACAGUUUGAAUAAAGUUUCACAUGAGGCAGAGAGGAUGCCUACACCAUGGAUUUCAAUACUGUCUUCAAUGCCAUUUAUUGCUCUUGCAAUUGUUCACUGUGGUCAGAACUGGGGCUUCUACACAUUGCUAACUGAAAUGCCAACCUAUUUCAGCAGUGUUCUUGGAUUUGAUAUUCAGUCAGAUGGAUUGUUAUCUGCAUUGCCGUAUUUAGUAAUGUGGUGCCUAAGUUUUAUAUUCAGCUGGAUUGGGCACCUAAUUGAGAGAAAGAACUGGAUGACAACUGGCACGAUCAGGAAAGUUUUUAACUCUAUUGGUCAUUGGGGCCCUGGUUUAGCAUUGCUCAUACUAAGCUUUAUAGAGCUUGAAGAUCCCACUGUUGCUGUUGCACUUCUGACCCUCACUGUUGGGCUUAAUAGUGGGAUUUAUUUGGGCUAUCAGAUCAAUCACAUUGAUCUUUCACCCAAUUUCUCUGGUGUGCUGAUGGGCAUGACAAAUGGUCUAGCAGCUCUAACAUCAAUUAUAGCUCCCCUUAUUGUGGGUGCUGUUGUGAAGAACAAUGCACCUGAAGAAUGGCGAACAAUAUUCCUCAUUGCUGCUGGUUUCUAUUUUAUUGGAAAUCUGAUAUUUAUCAUAUUUGGUAAGGGUGAAGUCCAACCAUGGAAUGAGCCAAUUCGUUUAACCAAAGAAAAUGAAGCAAAUUAUGGAACAGCAGCACCACCUAGCGCAUGAGGAGCAGUGCCUUAAGUUUUAAGCAGGGACUUUUUCAAUGGCAGCUAAUAUAAAAAUGUGAUUUGUACAUUCUUGAAUGAAAUAAGAUAACAUGAAUUUUGUUAAAUGUUCAGAUUUCACUUCUAAUUAAUAUAGCUGAAGUCCAGUUUUAAUUUGUUGUUAAAUUUUAAAGAAUGUAAUGUACAUGCUCCAAUGCAUGUAUUCACUGCACAGUUUUUAAUUCACUCAUUUUGCUCCAUAGAUAAUUAUCAUAAAAAGUUCAACUAUUGUCAAAUUUUUUGUAGAUUCUUAAAUUGCCAAAAAUUACAACAAAUACAUGAAAUACAUGUUUUUAGCACAGCAGGUGCCUAUUAAACAUACCACUAUCUGGAGGAGAGGAAUUACUAUUUGAAGAAAUUAGUAAUGUUAUAUGCAAAUGAAAAUCUCCAAAUGGAGAUUACAAGAGUACAAAUGUUAAUAUUUUAUGUAAUUUGUGUACUGAACACACAAUGCAAAGUGUCUUCUAGUCAAUAGGACUUUUAAUUAAAAUGAAACUGUAUUUUAUCUACUUUUAUUGUUACUAUAGCACUUUGUUUCUGA